UCCCAAGGUGCUACUUAUCCCAAGGUGGUUGUCCAUAUGGGUAAUCAUAACAGCGGUGGAGCUGGCCGGAGCAGUCGCAGCCUUACAAGUUCUCUCAUGUAUGUUGCCUUCUCUAGAACAGUGUCAGGUAGUGGCCUCUACCUUAUCGGUGACUUCAGAGAACCCUCACCGCCUGACAGAAAUUCGUCUUUGCAGAGGGAAUAUGCACGACAGCAGCAGUGUCAGCUACUACCUGUAUUUCGGUUUCUACGUGAGCCUUGUCAGUGUCAACAGCUGCUCUUUCACAAUGUUCAGAGCUUUCGCGCACAUCUCCAAUUGGUUACUAGCGACAAGGUUUACAUGCAUAGCGACUUGCUACUCUUUGCAGAAACUUGGCUGUGUGAGGACCAGCCAUGUGAGAUACCAGGGUUCACUAUGGUUGCUUCGGCUAGUAGAGGAUCACAUGGUUCAUCUGCUGUAGGUGCUUGUUGUUAUGUGUCAGAACGUCUCCAAUCAUUAGUCCAUGGUGUAAUGGCCGGGAUCCAGCGAUUCGGCCGCCAGUCAGUAAGUGCUGCUGUAGCAACAAUCAGGGGGGCAUGCUUCAUCUCUAUGUAUGCGUCACCUGGCACACGCGUGGAGCAGAUCAACAGCACAAUUGCACCAUACUUCAGCGAGACUUCCAUGCGCUAUGUUCUUGCUUGCAGAUGCAGGCAUUGCUUAAUAAACUACAACCUGCGAAUGACCACUCCAAGCGACAGCUAUUCUACUCGCGCUGGCACCAGAAUCGAUUACACAUUUACAACCUUGUCGAAUACAGAGGCAGGUGCAUACGCCACGGUCUCAAAAAGUUUCUACUAUCUGCUCUGGCUUCGCUUUAACUUCUGCGACGAGGCUUUAAUAUCUUAGAUGUUUAAAUAAUAGAUAUUAUCCUACUUAUAAAGGUAAGAGGAAUAUCUAAAGCAGAAAGUGGAAGGUAAUUGGGACUGAAGAAACGUACAUACGAAACGUAG